AUGCCUGAUAAGCCUGUUAAAGUGGAAACUAAAAAGGAUGAUGGUGCAGAACUGGAAACGCAAAUCAUUAUGCGAAUGCCUAAGGAACCAGCUGCUGCCUUGCGAGAGGCGAUCCAAAGUGGGGCAAAUAAUUUAAAGGAUCGACUAUUCAUCAGAUUGGAAAAUGAUCUACGAUAUGGCGAAGUACGUUUCGACCACUGGUUGCUUCAUGCGAAGGUUGUUGAUCUGCCAACCAUUAUAGAAUCGUUAAAAACUAUCGAUUCCAAAAACUUUUACAAAACAGCGGACAUUUGUCAAAUGAUGAUUUGUAAGGAAGAACCGGAACAGCAGUCAGCGGAGGAAGAAUCACCAAACAAGAACAAAAAGAAAGACCCAAACAAGGUCGACAAAAAGUUUCUGUGGCCUCACGGCAUCACCCCGCCUUGUAAAAACAUUCGUAAACGUCGUUUUCGCAAGACGUUGAAGAAAAAAUACGUCGAAGCACCUGAAAUCGAGAAGGAAGUGAAACGAUUGCUGCGUGUCGAUAAUGAAGCCGUGAACGUUAAGUGGGAACUCAUUACUGAAGACGAAGAUCCAAACAAGCCCUCCCCAGGAUCGGGCACGGAUACGGGAGCACCAAACAAGAGCCCUUCGAAGAACGCCAAAAAGGGCGGGCUCAACAAGGAUGUCGGCGAGCAUGACAUUUUUGGCGAAGAAGUUUCCGAUUCCGACGACGAGGAUAAUCCAAUCAACAAAAACAUUGACAUCGACGAAAGCAGCAGACUGUCGGCGGAAGCUGAUGACAGCCGAUUGUCCGACUCUAGCUCGUUUCAAGGAACCCAGCAAUCGGAACGAAAUCCUGUGUUGGAGUUUAACAAGAGCAUGUUUAGCGGUGCCGGUUCAAGCAGCGGAUUCCGUGCUGCCCGCCGAUCCGAAAUGUCGAGUGGCGGCGGAUCCAAAUCGAUGUCCUUUUUCCAGGGCGAAAAUUCCAGGUUGGAUUCCGAUAAUGAUUCGUCCGACAUGCCACCAGGAGGUUUCGGGAACAGUCAGAACAGCAAUGCCAAUAGUGCCACCGCCAGCACAAACAACAAUGCUCGCAUAUAUGAGCUGCAGCGUCAAAUAAGCGACCUCAAGACGCAGCGUAAUCAAAAGGAGCAAGAAAUUCGUACGAUCGAAAACCAAACGCUGAGGCAACGAUUGCAAGAUAAACUGGACAGUCUGCUGAUGGAGAUUGAAGACAAAGAGAAAGAGAUCCUAGAUCUUCAAACCGGAGCAAAGUACAACUUGGACUAGAGUGUCGAUGUUCCGAUGGUGCAAAUGAAAUUUCACCCGUAAAACUCCCCUGCUGCAUUUUUUCAUGGUUUAUAGAUAACAUAUGCAAACAUAAAAGGUUGUUGCAUAAUGUGUUCGUACGCACUUAGAAUAAUAAAACCACGCCACGGCCAAUUU